GCAGUGCUGGGUGCGGGAACGUUCCGGUCCCCGAACGCCUGCACCGGGGACUCGGGUCGGAACGCUGGAGCGGGGACAGCCCGCGCCGGGGGUGGAGUGGGGAGUCGGGGAGCUUGGAAAAUAAUAACUACGGUAAUAACAGUAAUAACGGCAGCAAUCAGCAGACCCCCGCCUUUCCCCAGGUGGAAUCGCUGGCCUAAUCUGAGCUGGGAGGUGGGAAGAACGUCCAGCCCUGGGUGGGGUGCGCAGUGGACGCCUGGGGGCCCGGAGCACCUACUUAGUAUAAGAAAAGGAGAGCGAUGGGUAGUCAGGGAGGAACUGAAAGCAAACUGACCGGCCCAGGGGACGGAGAGGAGGGAAAGGACCCUGCGCUUGGGGUUUCUGACCCUCUCAGGAGGCUCCGUUGAACUAAUUUGCAUCCAGACGGGAGAGCCCAUGGCGGUGUGUGGACAUGCCACCACCUUAACUAGGUCUAGAGGCCUCCUUGUUCAUCAGGUAACUCAGCUGGUGCCCUACCCUGGCAAUUGAAGAGUUGACUAAACUUUUGUCCACAGAACUGAUUAUCCGUUCUCAUUUUGUUGAAAUUCAGCACUGAGGCUCCAAAGAGGGAGGUCUGUAAGUCUCCUGCCCUUGACCCAAGUGAUGGGCUCUUGAGUCACACUAAUUAAUUUUCCGAGUAGUUGGGGAUGGAUUUGGAUGUUGUUCCUUGUCUUGGAGACUUGAAAGGAUCAAGGACUCUAGGGUCUGGUCACCAGGGAGACUGGAUGGAUAAUGCCUGCUUUUGACUUCUUGGACACAUCCUAUGUGACCUUUCUUAAACCAGUUUCUUCUCAGGUCACACCUUGAUUCCAAACCUCCAAGGGCUCCUCGGUGUUGGUUAAAAACACCUGCCCUUUUGCACAGGGCAGGGGCGAUGGCCUCGCUCUGUUGUCAAACCCACUUGGGUUUGCUGCUUUUCCUGCCAUUCACCAGCUUGCACCCAGCAAAUGAUUUGACAUCUCCCAGCUCCAGUUUCCUUUUCAGGAAAAUGCGGAUUGCACUAGUAUGACCAAAUCUCCAUUUGUUUUUUGCUCCCCCAUAACAGAACAAGGCCCUGUACUGGCCCACCCUGAAUUCUGUUUUAUCCAAGGAUUUAAUGUAAUUCUUUGGCCACUUGCUUAAUUUCUAUCAGUCCUUUUUUAAGUACUAAUCCUAGAGACCAAGUUGUUUCUCUUAAAACACUCGUGUUAACCUAGGUUGGGGGAAACCCCUGGGGGCUGAUGAUCCUUGACUAAGCUUGGAGUGCAGUGGUCAAAUACAUUAGAAAAUGAAUAUAUCCUAUUGAUCCCAUUUACUGUGGUUUCCCCUUUAGGCAAAAACCUGGGAGCAUUCCACCGAUUGCUGUUUCCCUCAGUCCAUCAGCACAUAGUGAGGGCGCUCAACUUUCAAGAUAUACCUGAAUCUGACUAACUUCUCCCACCCCCACUGUUCCCACCCGGUCUAGGCACCUUCUUCAUCCACCUGGACCACUGCAGUGUCUUCCCUGAGUUCCCUGCUUCUCCUUUUAUCCCCCACUGUCCAUUCUCCGCGCAGCAGGCAGAAGGGAUCCUGUGCAAACCCAAAAUCAGGUCCUGCCCCUCUUCUGCUCAGAAACUCCCAUGGCUCCCGUCUCACAGCGUUGAGACCCAAGUUCUCACCAUGGACCUCAAGGCCCCUGCAUGUUCUGCCAGUGGCCUCCUUGCUAAGUCUGAGUCACCCUUCCAUAGCCUGCAUUUGCUGUUCCCGCUGACUGGAAGGCUUUUCCCAUAGAUCUCCGCAGAGCUCAAUUCCUUAUUCCAUGUAGGUCUGUGCUCACAGGUAACCUCAUCAGAGCGAUCUCUCCUGAGCACCUUUCCUAGACACCAGCUCUUGACUACCCCUAGGCUGGGCCAGACAGCCACUCUGGGCUACUGAGGCCCUGGGACGCCUUCAUUCCAUCCUUCUUCACCCUGGGUCAUCAUUGUCUAGAGAUAAGGCUGUGUCACCCACUGGACUGUACCGGGCAGGGCUGGGCUGUUUCACUUACAGCUGUGUCCCCAGCACCACCCAGCAUGGGCCGGGCACAGAGCAGGCACUCGGAUAAUGUGAAUGGGUGAAUCUUUACAUUCCUUCAACAAAUAUUUACGGAGCUCCCCCUGUAUGCAAGGCCCUACAUGGGGCUGGGAUGGACUUGUGAAGUAAUCACACAAGUCUCUUCUCUCAAAGGCUUAUGUUCUGUGGCAGGACAGCGGACAGGAAAACAAAUACAUUUUGUCAGGAGGUGAUGGUGCUAUGAAGAAAAGAUAAUGCAGGGUGAAGGGGCUACUAUUUUCCUCCCUGUAAAGGUAGUGUUUGCACAGCCACCUGAGUGAAGUGAGGGAGGAAGGAGAUCUUUUUGAUGCUUCAUGUCACAGAUGAGGAACCGGCUCAGGGAGGCUGCUGGUCGCGUUGCGGUGACCUGCUGGGAUCCCUGGUGGUGAAUCAGGCUGGAACCCACGGAUCUCCCUGCCUCCACAGCCUUAUCCUCUGUCCCGGGCGGGUCCUUUUUGACCAGGAGCUGCAGAGACAGGAAGAGUCUAACGAGAAAAAGGACAAUCUCAAGUACCUCUAGACCCCAGGACAAUGCAGACGCCACUGGCCAGUCCUGUGCCUGUGCUCCGGCUCCCCCGGGGCCCUGAUGGCUUGAGUCGAGGCUUUGCCCCUGAUGGACGCAGGGCCCCCCUGAAGCCAGAGGUUCCUGAAACCCCGGAGUCUUCUGUAAUUCAUGAAUGUCGGGAAUCCCAGGAACAGCAGGCCCGAGCUGCCCUCCGAGAGUGCUAUCUCCGAAGCCUGCUGGCCAUGGUGGGUCGCCAGGUCAGCUUCACCUUGCAUGAGGGUGUGCACGUGACCGCCCACUUCGGAGCCACUGACCUGGACGUGGCUAACUUCUAUGUGUCGCAGCUACAGACUCCGAUAGGUGUGCAGGCUGAGGCGCUGCUCAGGUGUAGUGACAUUAUUGCAUACACCUUCAAGCUAUAAAGACAUUGUGGUCACCUUCUGCCUUAGGCCUAUCCACAGAUUCCCAGGCCUCUGGCUGUUCCGGAUCUCUGGGCCUCAUAGAGUUUGGAACUCCCUUGGAAUGUUGAGUCAAGCUCCAAGCAAUUCUGGCUUCUUGGGACCUCCAGGGUCAAGUCAGUAAAAUUCUGCAACCCCAGGAGUUCUAGAUCCCAUUGAAAGGAGUGCUUAAAAAAAGAAAGAAAGAAAGAAAGAAAGGAGUGCUCUACCUCACAGAACUCUAAACUCUAUAGUAAUGUGGGCCUCAUUCCAGUUCCUGAAGGGGGGGUGGGGUAGGCUGCAUUGGGAAUAAAGAAGGCAAAUUGCAGAGUGGGAAAUUGUUUAUUAAAAAAGUUACAAAGUUCAAUCACCCAGAAGAUACUCCCAAAUACUCCCUCCUGCCAAAGAACCAACUACUAUUCCAGGAAAAUCUGCCUGUUUUUGUUGUUGUUUUUUAAGCGUACCCCACAGGGAUGAAGUCAGAUUUAGAAGGUGGAAGGGUAGCUGUCCAACGACUGAGUCUGGUGGAGCUGGGCCAAGAAAGGGAGGACGCAUCAAAAGGCUGGGGGGAACUCAGGUUAAGGUGAGGGAAUUGGACUGCCCCUCGUCUCUGGGAAUGACUGGAGUGACCUGGGUGGCAGGCUUAGAUGAUUUGGACUAGAUUUCUUUAUUGGGUGGGCGGGGUUGUACAUAGUUGAGGGCAUGAGUCGUGCUGGGUUACAUGGAAGUGCGCUCCCACCUGGGUGGUGUAGACCGCACACCACUGAAAAUUUGCUUCCCGGCUCACGUGGGGAAGGGUCGUACCCUGUGCACAGCGCCACUGAGGAAAGUCUGAGAAUUAGGGGUUAUCGUGAAGCUUCACCUCUUCAUUUCGCUCCAGCGGUGUGGUAUGGUGGUCCACGUCACUCGCUUCACUUAGUCCUGUCACUAAGAGUCUUGCAACAGAUUCGCUUUAAAAAAAAGUAAUUUCUGCCCCCUUUGUAAUUCCACCAACUUCAGAAUGUAAGUGAAGAUUCCAUUCAAUAUAGAUGAGAUUUGCUUCGUUUGUCUUCAGCCACGAAAGUGCGGUGGCCUAUGCUGCUGAAGGCAAGUGUAAAGUCUCCUCUCCCGCGUCCAUUCACAACGCCACUUCUGGCGAGUCCUUGGCCUAGCUUUCGAGUUGCCUUGGCAACGACGUCGCUCCUCCCCAAGUCCCCUUUUUUGGUUUUAGCCCCGCCUUUCUCCCCAACUUGAGGGAUGAGCUGGGAAAGCAUGGCGAAAGUGCGGAGGCGAAUAUUAAGCGAUUCAGUUGAGCACUAGGGGGGCGUGGCUUGAGCUCACGCUGGUUCGCUUCUGGCUUGGUGAUCUACGUGCUCCAUUGCCCCGUAUUUUGAUUGGCAGAUUCGUCCCCUACUUUUGGAAUUCCUUUUUUCGCCCAGUUUUUUUUGUUUUUCUUUUUUGAAGUCAAGACUAUGA